CUCAUCAUACCCCUCAUCAUAUAUUGAAUAUUUAUGGUAAUCCGACCCCACCCUGGACGUUGGCUCACCUCCUCUUUCUGUGACGAGUUGGUCUUCACCGAGACCAGAUCUGGUUGAUCAUGCAUUUCCAAGCUGCGUUAUCCAUUGCCGUCUUCGGCGCUUCGGCACUCGCCCAUGCAGUCCAAGAAGCGCGGCAGAACAGCUGCGUGAUGUGCACCGAGGUGGUGCCGACUUGCCCAGUCUGUCCCGCCAGUCAGGAGUGCUUUGUGAGCGUCCCGCAGGACUGCACCGAGUGCCCGCAGGCCUACUGCGCAGACGCCGCCGCGGAUGCCACGCCUACGCCCACGGGCAUCCUCGGCGGGACUACCAGUAGCACCAGCGACGGCGGCUUCACCCUGCCGACCGCGUCCCAGAGCGAGUCCUCCACCGGAACCUCGACGACGUCGCCGUCGUCGACCACCACAGCCACCGCGGCCUCAGGCUCGACCACGGCCUCUGGGGCCUCGUCGACCGGCGCGAGCCGCAGCGCCACUGGCACGGCCGAAGCGCCCGGUGCAGAGUCGUCUGCGCCGGCUGCCAGUGGCGUCGGGAAGAACGGCGAUGUGGCUGGGGUGCUGCGCCUGGCGCUGUUGAUGGCCGUGCCUGUCUUGGGCCUGCAGUGGCUCUGAGAGGCCUUUCCUGUGUAGUUACCAGCUGUGGAAGGCUUGGUCGGCACUCGGGGCCUUUCUUUGGGCGUCUUGCAAAUGCACACUCGUUUGGAACAAAAUGUCCGUUGCUGCAGCAUAUAUCAUCACAUGGGAUAAGUAAUACAAGUUUCAAGACUCGUAUCCUGGCGGUGGCUAUGGUGUCCCUUGUCUUUGGAGGUGUUUGGAUAUAAUUCGAGCUCAGAAGAUCAGUUGAUACCGGGACCCAAGACCAGACUGCAGGGGGCUAUCUGAAAAGCUGGAAAUAGUGUUGACGUGCCCGCUUGGACAAUUUGCGGGGUUAUCCUCUCAAAAUCUUACAAAUGCAGAACUAGUAACACCGGCAAUUGUCGGUGUACCCAUAUGAACAAGAGUGAUUUGUGUUUCUCACUCCAUUGCCUUCUUAUCUGACAAUUGGGUCUGGAUUCAUCCGGUGCGACAGCGACCAGGAUGUGACUUACCAAUCGAAACAAUCUGGAGCCAGCCGGUGGAAUCAGAUCUACGACUUAUUUGCUUAACUCCCAAUAUUUGACAUAGAGUUCGGGCAUUACAAUAGACCCUCGGCGCAGCUCAAUGGCAGCCUUUUAUGCUGAGAAAUCGGCUCCUUCAGAACUGCUUUGGUAUACUUGAGGUGCUAAUACAAUCUGCUUGAAUCAUU